AUGGACAUCGCAAUGUCUCCAUCCAAUUGCACAAACGCGGCACAGCUCAAGGCUGAUCGAUAUGACCUCUGGGUUGCUAACUAUUCCUUGCCAUGCUUGAUGAUCCGCUUCACAUUUGCCUGCCUUCAAGCCCUGUUGCCUGCCGCAGAAAGUCCCAUAAUAAAGCAACAUGACAUUGAUCUGGUUGUGGAUCAUGAACAAUUGAGCGAGAGCUUUCUCCUCACGGUUAAUCCAAAGGGCCAGGUGCCAGUCCUAGCAAGCGAUAGUGGUUUAGAACAACCUCUGACCGAGUCGCUUGACAUGGGCUUAUUCCUGACAGAGCGAUAUGGUGUUCUCCGUGCGCCCCCAGCUCAUGUGGACCAGACGGUCUGGCUGCUCCGAGAAUUACAUACCUUGGACUAUUUUGCCCUGACUUUUGCUCGUACUGCAAUGGGCUUCCGGAUUACAAGACGUACAUUGGAUACUAUGAGGAAAAGGCUAGAUAGCCCGGAUUUAUCCCCCGCUUACCGGAAAGCAUUACUACAUAAAUACCAGGUUUACAAGUCGGAAAAAGGCCAGAGUUUUGAUCCAUUGCAGGCAGCCCGUGAGACGGAUAAAGCGAGCAAAUUCCUUACCAAAUUAACAGAGCAGAUGGAUGAGGAAGGCCCGUGGAUCUGGGGGAAAAGUGGGCCAUGCAUAUUGGAUGCUCAUGUGGUUCCUUUCCUUCUUCGCAUCAAGGAUGCAAAUUGUGGAAUCCCUCUGACAGCUCGACUUAAUCGCUAUGUUGGAAUUGCUGAAGCAUCAUCUGAGUGGCAGGGAAUGAUGCAAGGGAUGAGGACCCUUCCGCUAGCCCCACAUUAA